UUCCUUAUCCGGGGACUAGCUCUCACUCUGCCAUUGGGCCGUGGGGUCACGUGGUAAAACUAACUUUACAAGGGCUGCUCGCAAGUAGGAGGGCUAUAUGGAGCAGAAAAACGACAAAGCUAGAAAAAUAAAUUUCCACUGCAGAAAUUAAUGAUCAUGAGCUCGUAUUUGAUGGACUCUACCUACAUUGAUCCGAAAUUUCCUCCAUGCGAGGAAUAUUCACAAAACAGCUACAUCCCCGAGCACAGCCCCGAAUAUUACAGCCGCGCCAGGGACCCUGGCUCUGGUUACCAGCAUCACCAUCAGGAGUUAUACCCUCCACGGGCGAGCUACCAAGAGCGCCAAUAUAAUUGUGCAAGCAUCCCUGAACCUGACACGCAAAAGGGACAUGGACUACCCCAUUCUGCGCACCUGCUUGCAGGGAAAGGGCAGCCAUCCUCAUGUGAGACCCCACAGUUACCCAUGUCCCCCUCCACUCCACCAGCUGCAUCCUCCGCCUGCAACCAAGCUACACCGGAGCAUCCAAACAGCUCAGCCUCCUCCAAGCAGCCCGUGGUAUACCCAUGGAUGAAGAAAAUUCACGUCAGCACCGCGAACCCGAAUUACAAUGGACCGGAUUCCAAGCGGUCUAGGACAGCCUACACUCGACAGCAGGUCUUAGAAUUGGAGAAGGAGUUCCACUAUAACCGCUAUUUAACUCGACGGAGGCGCAUUGAGAUAGCCCAUACAUUGGUUCUCUCCGAACGACAAAUCAAGAUUUGGUUUCAGAACCGCAGGAUGAAGUGGAAAAAAGACCAUAGGCUUCCUAACACCAAAGUGAGAUCCUCCACCACGGGCAUAUCCUCCGGGUCCAACGCAACCUCAUCAGCCGGCGUUGUCGCCACUUCCUCGGCCACUGGUAGCAUUACUCCCGAUGAACUGUCCGGAGUAGAGGAUGGCGAGGAUAUUACAAGGUUAUAAGGCGAAAAGAAAACCACUUCAAGAAGGGGGAUAGAGAAUGACUGAUUAUUUAUAGUAUAUUAUAUAUUUUGUUUUCGUAGGUAUUUGUGCGGUUUCAUUUAAGUCCAAAGUUAUAUAAAAUGCAUGUUAUAUAGCAUGGAUUUAUACGAAUACUGAUGGGUUAUUUUUACGUGACACAGGGUUUAAGUUAUUUAAUGCUGAAUCAAGAUGAUGUUUUUUUAUGAGAAAAAUGUUUUGAAUGAAGGAAAAUAAUGUAAAUUUUAUCUAAAUGUUAUUGUGAGCCAUUUGUUUGCCCUACCGCCCAAGUUGAUAUGCACAAUCUAUUUAUUUCAAGCUCAACACUGGAAGAAUAUCAUUAUUAGGCAAUCAUAGUUAUUUUUGGUAAAAAUGCUGGAACGUACCGAUGGAACAUUGAUCUUGAACGCAUAUGUUUAGGAUUAUAACAAGGUGAAUUAGCUCCUUGCUUUCAGAAACAGGAUUUUUAAUUACAAUCUAGUUUGUGGUGUGUUUAGCAGAUUAUUGUGAAAUGCAAUACACAGAGUUUAGUGUAUUUGUGAUAAUCAUAUUGGUC